GACCCAGGUUUCUCUUUGGUGAUUCAUGACAAGCUCCAAGUUCCUAAUACCAUUCGUAAGGCAUGGAAUGAGAAGGACAACAGAUGUGAUGUUUGUGCCACACACCUGAACCAGCUGAAGCAAGAGGCCAUUCAAAUGGUGCUGACCUUAGAGCAAGCUGCCAACUCAGAACAUUAUGAUGCCUCACCAGGCUCUCCCCCACCUCUCUCCAAUACGCCCACACUAGUCAGUCCCCGGCACAUGGGCAGCCUGCAGCCCAGGGACUGGGCAUACGUGCCUGCUCCUUUUGCUACAUCUAAUUAUACAGGCUUUGUUGCCAACAAACACAGUGGAAAACCCAACAGUCUAGGAAUUGUCAACGGGGUGGAAAAGAAAAAUGGCUCUCCUGGACACCAAGCCAAGGUCAGCUUUCAAAUGGCCACCAGCCCUAGCAAUGGUAAUGUUCUCAACUCUGUGGCGAUCCAGGCUCAUCAGUUUCUUGAUGGCACCUGGUCUCUGUCAAGAACAAAUGGUGUCACUUUAUAUCCCUACCAAAUAUCUCAGCUUAUGACAGAGACUGGUCGAGAGGGCUUGACUGAAGCAGCGUUGAACCGCUACAAUGCAGACAAACCCUCCUUGUACAGCUUCCCUGCUUCCCAGAGCACGUACGUUGCCAGCGAAGUAUCCACGGGCACCUCGGUGGCAGCAUCAUUUUUUGCCAGAGCUGCUCAGAAAUUGAACCUGUCUUCCAAAAAGAAGAAGCACAGGCCUUCUGCUUCAUCUGUUCCUGAAUCCACUCUCUUCUCUACCAGCUUCAGCAGUAUCCUUCAGACUUCCCCACCUCCUGCACCACCGUGUUUGUUGAGGGCAGUCAGCAAAGUGAAAGACACCCCUGGUUUGGGCAAGGUUAAAGUCAUGGUGCGCAUUUCUGCAGCGCUUGCCAGGGACACGUCUGAGUCCAACUCUUUCUUAAAAGUUGAUCCUCGUAAGAAGCAAAUCACGCUGUAUGACCCGUUGGCCUGUGGGGGUCAGAAUGUUUUCCAGAAAAGGGGCAACCAGGUUCCACCGAAGAUGUUUGCUUUCGAUGCAGUUUUCCCCCAAGAUGCAUCACAGGCUGAAGUAUGUGCUGGGACUGUGGCUGAGGUGAUCCAGUCUGUGGUCAAUGGGGCAGAUGGCUGUGUGUUCUGCUUUGGCCAUGCCAAGCUUGGAAAGUCAUACACCAUGAUCGGGAAGGAUGAUUCCAUGCAAAACCUUGGCAUAAUCCCGUGUGCCAUCUCCUGGCUCUUCAAGCUGAUUAAUGAACGCAAAGAGAAGACAGGAGCCCGCUUCUCGGUCCGAAUUUCUGCAGUGGAGGUGUGGGGGAAAGAAGAAAAUCUGAGAGACCUGUUGUCAGAAGUGGCUACAGGCAGCCUGCAAGAUGGCCAGUCCCCAGGUGUCUACCUUUGUGAAGACCCCAUUUGUGGCAUGCAGCUUCAGAAUCAGAGUGAGCUCCGUGCCCCUACGGCAGAGAAGGCUGCCUUCUUCCUCGACGCCGCUAUCGCCUCGCGCCGCAGCAGCCAGCGGGACUGUGCCGAGGAGGAUCACCGCAACUCCCACAUGCUCUUCACUCUGCACAUCUACCAGUACCGCAUGGAGAAGAGCGGCAAAGGUGGAAUGUCUGGAGGGCGCAGCCGCUUGCACCUUAUCGACUUGGGUAGCUGCGUGAAAGUGCUCAGCAAAAACCGGGAGGGAAGCUCCGGCCUCUGUCUGUCAUUGUCAGCACUGGGCAAUGUCAUCCUCGCCCUCGUCAACGGAAGCAAGCACAUCCCCUACAA